GACCACCACGUCGACAUGCCGCGACUCAGGAACAACCCCACAGCAGGGUUGGCAAUAAAACGCCAUAAUAUAAGGAUAUGGUGCCACGAGUGCGACAUGGGCCGGCUGCAGCGCGUCGUGUGGGAGGGACACGGCACUCGACUACUCACUGAAGUCUCCAGCCAGCCUGUUGUCAAGCGGUUCCUGGAAGCAGUGCCUUAUAUCAUGAAUACAAUCCGCGAUGUUCAUAACGCUGUUAUUCAGAACGACUUGGAGGGUCUGAUGAGGCUCACUGCCGAUCCUAUACCCUCACAAGUGUUCUCUAGCCGAGAUGUUAAUGGAAUGACUGCUCUACAUAAGGCUGCCGGAUUAGGACAUAAUGGGAUAGUGAAAUACAUAAUUGAGAAAUACCCUCAAGGGAUAAGCGACGUUGACAAUGAUGGACGGACCCCACUGCAUUACGCCGCCAUUAUAAGGGACGAGCAGCACACCUAUAACACGCUUGUCGGCCUUGGCGCCGAUGAAAGCGUUGUCGACAACAAAAAUAAAACUCCUGGCUAUUACAUAAACAGACCGCAAGAAAUUGAUAAAAACACGCUAAAAAUCUUACCUGAUGCUCCUCGAACACCUUCAAGUGCGUAUCCAACAUCUUGGGACUGGAAAAUUUUAGAUAUCGAGCAUUUAGCUGAUUUCAAUAAAAAGUCCAGAAAGAAGAACUUAAAAGCAUCAAAUGAAAAUAUAUCUUCAAAAAAUAAUACUAGCACAUUAUCAGAAACCGUCGAAAGUCAUCCUAAUGCCAUGAAAAAUAGUAACACGCACGAGCUCAUAAAUACAUUACCAGAAUUAGAUGAUACAGAAAAAACAGAUACACAGAAUAGUCAAAACGUGGCAGAUGAUACAAAAAACAACGAGGCAUCAGAAGUUGUAGAGGAAAAAGACUCACAUGAAAAUACCGGCGAUGUUAUUAAUGAACAAGAAGAAGUUAGUAACAACACUUUGCUAAAUGGUAGUGACAAUAACCAACCCACAUCUGUAGAUAUAGAAGAAAAACAAUUAAAGCCAGAAGAUAAAACAGAAGAUAAAACUUUACAAUGUAAUGAUGAGAGCACGAUAGAAAAUGAAAAGAACGAACUAUCAGAUGUGGGUAAUUUACACGAACAUGAAAAUAUUCCAAAAUCCAAAACAGAGGACAGUAACAAAGAAGAUAAUAAUGACGAAAAACAAGAACAGCAAAAUGAAAAAGCAGAUGAAUUUGAAAAACUUAUUGAACACAAAAUUGAAGAACAUAAUGAAGAAAUUAGUGUACAUGCAAACAUUACAGAUAAUGAAAGCAUGAAGAAUGGGCAUGAAACAUCUUACAAAACGGAACAAGAUGAAAAUUCUGAAGUCCAUCAAAACAAUAGCCAUGAAACCGAUUCUAAUGAUGCUGAGAUAGAGGUAAAAGAACAAGAUACAGAGAUCAACAGAGAAGAUUCAAAUAGUACCGAUAUGAAGAAUUCUCAAAAUACACCGAACGGUGAGUUUAAGUCGGAAAACCAAGAAAGCGAAUCAGAUUCUAAAAAUUCCGAUUUAAUGCAAGAAGAGAAGGGAUCAGAUCCCGUAAGAGGACCAGAAGGAAAGCUGACCGAGGGCAGAAAUACUCAGGAAAGUCUCAUUGAAGGUCUUAUUAGUAGUGAGCCUGAACAAGAUUCACAAGAUGCUAGUAUAACACAAAAAGACGGAUCAGUACACGGAGAAAUUCUUGUUGUUGAUAACGAAAUCGAUCCAGAAGUAACCGAAUUAAUAAAUAGUGCAAAUAUGGAAAUGUUAGCUACCUUAGUUCUCAACGGAGAAGGGUCCAGAUUGAUCGGAAGACGGUCACAAAAUGUAGAACUACAGUCAUUUUUAGAAAAUGUACCAAUGUACAUGGAAAAAAUUAAUCGCGUACACAUAGCAGCAAAAGAAGGCAAUAUAAGAGAUCUACAAACAGCUUUAGAUAGAAGGAAAUUUGCGAUAGCCAGGGACCCUAUAUCACCAAAUGGGGCAACCCCGUUGCACGUAGCAACAGUUUUCGGUAAAACUAAUAUUAUAAAAUAUCUGGGCGGAAGAUUUCCUGAAACACUUUCUGCUGUAGACUUUGAAGGUAGAACUGCCUUACAUUAUGCCGCAGUAAUUCCAGACAAUGGCCACUACUUUAAUUUAUUACAACAACUUGGUGCUAAUGCAAAGGACUUGGAUGACAAUGGUCGAUCUGCUGAAGAUUACUUACACCAUCCAGAUUUACUUCCUUACGAACAAUUGUUAAACGAUUAUGAUAUUAGUGAAGACAUAGCUCAGAAUAUGUUGGCUGAUAAAGGUAAGAAUAACGCAGUCAACGGUCAUAUCGACAUUCCAGUCUUUCACACCGAAGAAGGCAGAUAUCUUGCGAAGUAUGUUUUUACAGCUCUCGGAGAUCCUUUGAUCAAAGGUCUUACUGAAGUGGCGAAUGUAAAGCCUAAAGAUCCCGUCGCGUACCUUGCAACUUUCUUACACAAUUUCCCCGAAAACGAAAAGCCUCGGCUGAACACGCAGGAGUCAAACGUGGUAGUGACAAGUGAAGCGGCUGAAGUGGACAACGAUCAGCCACCGCCCCAAAACCCCGAAGCUCCGGUACCACAGAGAGUCCGCAGCGCAGCACUCACCGCUACUCGACCGCGCCCUAUUGACGUCAUCACCCUGGAGCCCAAGCCCGAAGUCAAUCCUGAUGCACCGGAGAUCGCGCAGAGCAGCUCAGAAAGAGAUGAACACGGUCAGUCGAUGCUGCACUUUGCUGCAGCGCGGACGCAUGCCAACAACGCGCUAUUCCAGCUGCUCCAGGAGUGCGACGUCAGCCUUGGUUACCGCGACGAGCUCUACCGCACCGCAAGAGAUGUCGCCAUACAGGCCAACGUGCCAGAGAAUACCGUCGAAAUUGAUAAAUGGGUGCUGCAUUUAGCUGCUAGAGGUAAAGGUGAUAAGAUAAUGGAACUGUUGUUGCAAGGCUACGACCACAUACUAGACAUUGUAGAUGAGGGCGUCAACAUUACUGAAGUCGUCGCACAGCGCGGCGAUACCGAAAUGAUCAAUCUUCUAGCUUCGAUACCCGGGUUUGAGGAAUCGAGAGAGUCUCUCCAUAAUGCAGUACGUCGCGGAGACUUAGUAAUCGUUCGGGACAUAGUAUCCGCGGAAGGAGGUCGCGCAGUGGCUCGCGCGCACAACGCAUUCGGCAGGACAGCGCUACACGUCGCGGUGUUGGCUCAGCAUGAAGACGUAGUCGCCUAUUUAGCUGAGACAUGCCCUGAAUUACUACGCAUCGGGGAUAAUUUGGAACGUACGCCUUUACAUUACGCGAUGGGAGUUGAUAAAAUAGAAUCUCUUAGCAGAGUGCUAAUUCGGGCUGGAGCUAAGCGAGUACUAAAAGAUUUGAAAGGACGACAGCCUUCGUAUUACUUCAUGAACAAAUCAGAUAUACUAAGACUUAAAGAAGAAGAAGAAGCUUACUAAUAUUCGUUACUAAAAAAGCAAUAAAAAUGAAUAUAAAGUGUUGUAACUUAAAGCAAGUUUCCAAGCAAACGGAAAUACUAAUGAUCAAGUUUAUAAACUUGACUGUAUUAAGCACAAUAUUUGUUUAGAUCUUAAUGAAAAUAACAACGAGUUGUA